CUCCGAGGCCCGCCCCCGCCGCCAUCUUGGCCCGGGAGGGAACGGGGCGGCACGCGUGAGUAAACAGCCAGGUCGGGGCCCGGCCGGCGAGCUCGGGCGGCGUCGGGGUGCUGCGGACCAGCGGCGGCGAGGACGCGGUCGGGACCUUCGGCGGCCGACAUGACGGCCGCGGCCCAGAGCCCCCUGGCGCCCCUGUUGGAGACCCUGGAGGACCCGUGCGCGGCCCACGGCGAGCAGACGGACGCCUACCUGACCCUGACCAGUCGAAUGACUGGAGAAGAUGGAAAAGAAGUCAUUGGAGAAAUUGAGAAAAAGCUUCCUCGGCUGUACAGAGUCUUGAAGACUCAUAUCUCCAGUCAGAACUCAGAACUUAAUAGUGCUGCUCUACAGGCCUUGGGAUUUUGCUUAUAUAACCCCAAAAUCACCUCAGGAUUAUCAGAGGCAAAUAUUCAAGAACUCUUUUCAAAACUGAAUGAUAAUGUUAAGAGUUCAGACAAAAACGUACGCACUAGAGCACUUUGGGUGAUAUCGAAGCAGACAUUUCCCACUGAAGUUGUUGGCAGAGUAGUACCGGGUAUAAUUGAUUCGUUAGAAGUAGUAUUUAAUAAAGGUGACGUACAUUCUGCUGUUGUUGAUUAUGAAGCAUUAAAUGUCAUCAUAAGGCUGAUUGAACAAGCCCCAAUUCAAAUGGGUGAAGAGUCUGUGAGGUGGGCAAAACUGGUCAUCCCUUUAGUGGUUCAUUCAGCCCAAAGGGUACACUUGCGGGGAGCAACUGCUCUAGAGAUGGGAAUGCCGCUGUUGCUUCAGAAACAACAAGAAAUCGCGUCUAUCACAGAGCAGCUUAUGACUACUAAAUUACUUUCAGAACUUCAAAAACUAUUUAUGAGUAAAAAUGAGACUUACGUAUUGAAAUUAUGGCCUUUAUUUGUGAAACUUCUUGGAAAGACCUUGCAUCGCAGUGGGAGCUUCAUCAAUUCUCUGCUACAGCUGGAGGAGCUGGGGUUUCGGAGUGGAGCUCCCAUGAUUAAAAAGAUUGCUUUCAUUGCCUGGAAGAGCUUAAUAGAUAACUUUGCUUUAAAUCCUGAAAUACUGUGUAGUGCCAAACGAUUGAAGUUGUUGAUGCAGCCUCUGAGUUCUAUUCAUGUGAGAACAGAAGCUCUGGCACUAACAAAGCUAGAAGUCUGGUGGUAUUUACUGAUGAGACUUGGACCUAACCUCCCAGCUAAUUUUGAACAGGUGUGUGUGCCUCUGAUUCAAAGCACAAUAAGUAGUGAAUGUAACACUUCGCAAGGUAAUUCAUCUCGUGUAGCUGCUGGUACAGGUUUGACUCCUAUGACUCCUGUUCACAAAGGUGCUUCCCCAUAUGGACCCCCUGGAACUCCCCGGUUAAGUCCAACUUCAAAUUUUGGUGGAAUGGCUGCUAUACCCUCUAUUCAACUUUUGGGACUUGAAAUGCUGCUUCAUUUCCUGUUGGGUCCAGAAGUCUUGAACUUUGCUAAACAAAACAAACUUGCACUGAGUUUAGAGGCACUGGAACAUCCUCUAAUCAACAGCUCCUCUUUUUUUUCCAAGCAUGCGAAUACACUUAUUGCUGCUGUUCAUGAUAGCUUUGUUGCAGUUGGAAAAGAUGCGUCUGAUACAGUUGUCAGUGCUAUCUGGAAGGAGCUCAUUGGCUUGGUAAAGUCAGCUACUGAGUCAGGUAACAAAAAGGAAAGACCAGGUUCUGACGUUUUGACCCUCUUACUGAAAUCUUUGGAAAGUAUAGUGAAGUCAGAAGUAUUUCCUGUAUCUAAAACACUGGUCCUCAUGGAAAUUACAAUUAAAGGACUACCUCAGAAAGUAUUAGGUUCACCAGCAUAUCAGGUUGCUAAUAUGGAUAUUCUUAAUGGGACUCCUGCUUUGUUCUUAAUUCAGUUAAUUUUCAACAAUAAGCUCCUGGAAUGUGGCAUAGAAGAUGAAAGGUUUUUUCUAAAUCUGGAAACACUUGUUGGCUGUGUUCUUUCUGGUCCAACUUCACCGUUAGCUUUUAGUGACUCAGUGUUGAAUGUUAUUAAUCAGCAUGCAAAGCAGUUGGAAAACAAGGAACAUCUCUGGAGAAUGUGGAGCGUUAUAGUCACUCCAUUAACAGAACUGAUUAAUCAGACCAAUGAAGUGAACCAAGGUGAUGCAUUAGAACAUAAUUUUAGUGCCAUCUACAGUGCGUUGACUUUACCAGUAACCCAUAUUUUUUCGGCCCAGAAAUUUCCAGGGGCCACCAUGAAGACCCUGCUUAGAACUUGGUCAGAGUUAUAUAGAGCCUUUUCCCGCUGUGCUGCAUUGGUGGCAACAGCAGAAGAGAAUUUGUGUUGUGAGGAACUUUCUUCUAAAAUAAUGUCCAGCUUAGAAGAUGAAGAACUUUCAAAUCUGUUUUGCUUGGAUAGGAUCGUCCAUAUUAUUACUAUAAUGGUUGAUUGUAUUGACUUCUCACCAUAUAAUAUUAAAUAUCAGACCAAAGUUAAAUCCCCACAGAGAACUUCAGAUUGGUCCAAAAAGAAGAAAGAACCUCUUGGCAAGUUAGCUUCCUUGUUUAAGCUUAUUGUGCGAGUUAUCAGUUGUUUCCACACUGUGAGCCUCAAGGAAGUACAUUCUGAUACUCUCCGGGCUAUCGGCGACUCAAUUACCGGCAUUCUUUCCAAUGUACUUGGACAUAUUUCAUUACCCUCUAUGAUCCGAAAAAUAUUUGCAACUUUAACAAGACCUCUGGCAUUACUUUAUGAAAACUCAAAACGUGAUGAAGUUCCUAAAGUGUAUAGUUCUAUGAACAACAAGUUAGAAAAGCUACUUGGCGAAAUCAUUGCUUGUCUCCACUUCAGCUACACUGGAACUUACGACAGUGAACUUCUGGAGCAGAUAUCACCACUAUUGUGCAUCAUAUUUUUGCACAAGAACAGACAGAUUCGAAAGCAGAGUGCUCAGUUCUGGAAUGCCACGUUUGCUAAAGAGCCGAUGUUAGUUUACCCCGAAGAGUUAAAACUAAUACUCAGGGAAGCCAAACAAAAAGUUCUGCUUCUUUUGCCUGGUUUGGAAAAUGUCCAAGUAAUGGAAGAAUCCAGUGAACCAUAUUCAGAUGUAACUGAAAAUUCACAAUUUAAUGUGAAGUUAAGUGGCAUGGAAAGAAGAUCAAGUGGAAGAAGAGACUCUUUUUUGACCCAAGCAAAGGAAGCAAAAGAACAUACAAAAUCAACAGCCAAAUUGAAAUUAGAAUCUGCAUCUCCAAAAACAAAGAGUGAAAAGCUUUUAGAAGAAGAAAAGUCUACUGACUUUGUGUUUAUACCUCCAGAAGCGAAAGAAAGGAUACUAACUGAACAUCAAAAAGAAGUACUAAAAACAAAGAGGUGUGAUAUUCCUGCAAUGUAUAACAACCUGGAUGUUUCACAGGAUACUCUUUUUUCUCAGGAAGAGUCUAUGGAAAUCCCUGCUUUAACCGAGAAAUUGAAGGAAGAGUCCAAGGAGCAGCAAAUGGAGAGUGACAGCAUCACUGCUCAAGAUGUCACAGGAAAUUGUGAUACGGUCAGACAUCUUGAAAAGAAUUUGCUUUCAAAUGACCGUUGUGACUCUACUGAAGAGACCAGUCCUGAAAUAUUGAACAGUAGUAGUGAUGGCAAAAAAGGAGCUUUAAAUUUAUCCAAGAAAGCGUCAACUGACAGUACAUCGAGUGUAGAAAACACUAGUGGUGCCAGCAGUGCCUCAGUUUCUAAUGUCAUCUCUCAGCCUACCAGCCGAAGGCAAACCUUUAUCACUUUGGAGAAGUUUGAUGGCUCAGAAAGUAGACCUUUUAGUCCAUCCCCCUUAAAUGACAUGUCAUCAACUUACCCUGUGAAAAAUAGCCAGGAAGACACAAGCAAAACAGAUACUCUAAAGAAAACAGAUACAGUAAAGAAAAGAGAAACACAUACUCCAAAGUCUGAUUCUGAAAAAAUAGGUCAUGGAGUUAAGAGAUCAAGUAGAAGAUCAAGUAGAAGUAAAGCUGAACAAAUCGGGCGUAAAAGGUCCAAGUCCUUAAUGAAAUCUGAUGAAGAGAAGAAUUCUCAGGAGUCAGCUGAUAACAUGGUAGUUCUAGAAGCUAACCCACCUGGUUUGCUUAACCAGAUGGAAUGUGUUUUAGAUACUCAGAGUCAUCUCUCUGAAUCUACAAUGGAAUAUGAGGACACAGUGCUUAAGUCAACAACAGAAAAUACUCUAUUAGAAAACAGUACAGUAGAAGAGAAGAUCCUAGGGGCUAGUUUGGAAUCCAAAGAAAACACACCCCCAUCUAUAAUGCCCUCAGAUCAGAUAGUAAACGAGGAUAGUCAAGUUCUGACAGCUCCAAGUCAGAAAACCCUGCGGCGAUCUUUAAGGAGACGCUCAGAAAUAGCAGAAGCCAUCAUUGAUAGCCAAGAUAAGGAAAAUAGUCAAAAAAAGGAAAGACGUAAGGAAGAAGAAAAGACUCCUCAGAAAACUUCACUGAAUAUAAAAGACGAUGUGUUACCUAAGCAAAAGGUGGUUUCUGAGCAAACUGCAGUGGAAAAUUUAACUGAGAAAGAAAAUGCUUUGCAUGAGAAGACUUCUGGAGAAACCAGCAGUAAUGCUGAAAUUGAUGAAAACGGACGAAAGCCAGAACUUGCAAGUAGUAAAUCUGAGGGAGAGGCUGCUGCUCAGGACACUGAAGAUAAAUCCCCUGAGAAACUCGUAAGGGGUAGAACGCGAUAUCAAACCAGAAGGGCGUCUCAGGGUUUACUUUCCAGCAUUGAAAACUCCGAAUCUGAUAGCUCUGAGGCAAAAGAAGAGAGUUGUAGAAAGAAAAGAUCUGGGAAGUGGAAAAACAAAAGUAGUGACAGCGUUGAUAUUGAAGAUCAGGAGAAAGUGGUCAAACAGGAAUGGAUAAAAGAGGAAAGUCAGACACAUGAUGAUAAAGCAAAUGCUGACGUGGACACAGACUUGAAAUCCCAGACCACUGAUGAAAAAGAAAGCAGCUCGGUGACCCAACAUUCCAUAGCACCUGCAGAUGUAUUGCAAGGUUCUGAUGAUGUAUCAAAUGUAGAUGAGGAAAGAAAGAAAACUAAUAAAAUUGCAGACUAUUCCUCUUCAGAGUCCCCUGUACCGGAGUCAAAUCUAAGGACUAGAAAUGCCAGUAAGAGGUUACAUAAGCGAGAUUCUAUCGAAAUUAACAGUGUAGGAGAAUCCUCCAAAACGGACACAUCCGACAUUUCUGUGCUCCCUGAAAAACCUCUUCAAACUCUAGAAUGCCAGCACAAGAGGACAAGGAGGGUGAGGCGGUCUAAAGGUUGUGACUGCUGUGGAGAAAAAUCACUCUCUCAGGAAAAGUCACUAAUUGGGCUUAAAGAUACAGAUAGUCACACGAAGAGCAGUGAAGCAGAAAAGACAGAUGAACAAACAUCUUCAGACUCUUCUGAAGCUAAAGUAUAUCCUGAGGUAAAACCUCUAGACGAACCUCAGACUGUGAAUACUGAUCUCCAGGAAGAGAAAAACACUACUAAUGAUACAUUAGUUGUAUCUGAAACUGAACUGACGGGAAAUACUAUUCAGGACUCUCUUCCUUCUGAAAUAAUAAAAUGUAAAGAAACUUUUGAUGCGGACUCUGAGGUACCAGUAUCCCUUGAGAACCAAGAGUCAACCGAUGAGAAAUGCAAUGCCACUGAGCCUUAUUCAGAUGAUCCCAGAGAUAGUUCACUGGAGUGUUCUACUUCGGAGACUAAAGAAGAAAAGCCAGAAGCUGUCUUGAAAAAUGAACUGAGUACGGAUAAUGAAGAAACAAAUGCAUGUGAGGUAGAAGCAGAAUUCAAUGCAGAAGAAGUAGAGGCUAUGGAACUGGAUGUAGAAAGUGCUAAAUCUGAAGCAGAUCUUAACGAUACGUCUGAAGCAAGCUUUUCUGAACACAAGAGUGACGAAGAAGAGAGGCCAUUGGAAAAAAAUGAAACCAUCAGUGACUGUGAAGCAGAUACAGCAAAGGAACUGAAUGAAGAGGCAGCCGCUGAGGAGUUUGAUUCAGGUAUUGAUCAUUCUCAUGAUACAACCCCUCCUAAAGUGAGUACUCAGACAGAGCUCUCUGAGCAAAUAACAGUUGGAGAACUCAGUGAGGGAAAUGAUGGAUGUGAUCCAAACUUACCUGCUGAAAUGGAAGAUGGUGAAGACACAUUGAAAACUAAAGCCAGCCAUGUCAAUGACGAAGAGAUUAGGGACCUUUCUAUUGAAUCCUCUAAGCCAGAAGGAGCUGAAAUGCAAAGAUUGAAUGUAGAAACCUACAACCUAGUUCCUAAAACAAUAGAGAUGAAUACUGAAGCUGGGAAGGCUGGCUUAUGUGAAACUGAAAUAAAUACUGAGCUUAAUAAAUCUGAAGAGGCAAAAUUAGAUGACGAUGAACUGGUGGUGACAAAUGAUGAUGAAAUUUUGCAGGAAGUUCAUCAUACUUCAGAGAAAGUAGAGGAGAAAUUACAGUCUUUGACAUCUGAAACAGCUGUCUCUGAACUGAAAACAGAAGACACUGCAUCUCCUCAGAAAUUGAGGGAACUUGAUCCUGAUCCUGUUCUUGGGUCAGCAUGGGACAGCCCUAGUGGCAUGCAGACACGCUGUGUGUGGUCUCCUCUGGCUUCUCCAUCCAGCAGCAUUUUAAAAAGAGGACUGAAAAGAUGCCAAGAAGAUGAAACAUCAUCGCCUGUUACCAAGGUGCGACGCGUCUCCUUUGCAGACCCAAUAUACCAAGCAGGACUGGCAGAUGACAUUGAUAGGCGAUGCUCUAUUGUUAAGCCCUAUUCUUCAAACAGUUCACUGGUAGUAAAAAGUGCUAAAACCUCACCCACUGCACAAAAUAAGCAUAAUACCACUUCAACCAAAGGAUUUCUGUCCCCAGGAUCACGUAGCUCUAAAUUUAAGAGCUCAAAGAAGUGUUUAAUUACAGAAAUGACUAAGGAAUCUCUGCAGUGUCCAACGGAAAGUGUUUACCCGGCUUUGGUGAACUGCGUGGCACCUGUUGACAUCAUUUUACCUCAGAUAACAUCAAACAUGUGGGCAAGAGGUCUGGGCCAACUUAUCAGAGCCAAGAAUAUCAAAACGAUUGGUGACUUGAGCACUCUUACAGCAUCUGAAAUAAAAACUCUUCCUAUUCGUUCUCCAAAAGUGUCCAAUGUGAAAAAGGCUCUCAGAGUAUAUCAUGAGCAGCAGAUGAAGUCACGUGUACUAGAUGAAAUUCCAGUUUUUGAUAUCUCCGAAAAAGCAAUAAAUGGAAUAGAAAAUAAACCUCUGUCUCCUGAUGAAGAUAGACUUGCCUCAGAUUUAAUUGUUCCAGUUGCUUUAGAAACUCCGUCGUCUAAAAACCUUUUGCAACAGAUCAACACGCUCGCUCUUCAGCUGGGUUCAGAAGAUCUUCAUAAGUACUCGGGAAGCCAGCUGUUUGAAAUGCAUGAGAGACUUGGCAGCAUGGCAAGCUCUAUACUAAAAAACCUUCAGGCACGUUGGAGGUCGCCAACCCCUGAAAACUCUAGUGUUUGAAGAAAGCUGAAGCUGAAGCUUUUUUUUUUCUUUUUGACGUCACUGGAUUUGUUUUUUGUUUUGUUUUGUUUUGUUUUUAAUAAGUUCUGGAAUAGCACAAUUUCAGAGACUAUCUUUGCAGGGCAAUGAUAUGUAAGUUCAAUUUUUAAAAGUUUAUGAUGUUUUUUUUUUCCCAUACACAUAUUCUCUUAGCUGCUAUGCAUAAUUUUUCCAAACAUAUCUUAUUGAAAUGUGACAGCAACAACAGAAAAUGAAAGUAUAUUUUAUCUCACACUUAUUAAAUUCAUGCGAAUUCUGAUGAAACCGUGUAGAAUCUUAAGUAAAACCGAAAAAGUUUAUUAGAAUUAUUUUUUGCCGAAGGGAUAAAAGUGUUUAUACUUGAUUUUUAAUUUAUUUAAGGAUUGUUUCUGUGCGUGUGUGUGCCUGACAUUUAAGAAAUUUGCUCUUGGUAAAACACCUCAAAGGAGAUGCAAAAGAGUUUUUUUUUUUUUUUUUUUUUUUUUUUUUUUUUUUUUUUUUUUUGCUGAUGCCAACUUUAGUACUAAAGUGCGAAACGACCUUUGGGGUUAGACACAGUUGAAGUAGAAUUUACUAAGAUCCUAUUCAUUUGCGUCAGCAAAUACUUGAGCAGCAGAUUCGUCUGUGAAAAUGUAUUGGUCUGAGACAAUAGUACUCAAUUUAAAAUGCACGACUGUACAUUGUAUAUAGAUUGUUUUUAAUUUAUAAAUUUCAGCCUUCAUUAAUUGCAUGGAUUCUUUUUGCAGCUAUUUGUGAAUACUUCUGCGUUGUAAUAGAAACAUUUUGUAUAUAUUAAAUACAGAGCUACCAGUACGGACAGUAGAUAGAAAUGUUUUGUGGGCUUGGGCAGAUGUUUGUAGUAUUCUGUAUUUACAAAUAAAGCAACAGGUAGUUUUGUACUUAGUUGACCUUAGUUUAACAUGAGUUUAUUUUCUAAAGUAGCAGGAAUGAAUCAAGUUAAACACCUUUGCUGUUCAUGGUUAUACCCAUAUCUCCCACCACCACCACCACCACCACCACCCCACCCCAGUAGCCGCCUUUUUUAAGAGGACGGUAUCAGCCACUAGAGUGAGUGCCUCUUUGCUUAUAUUUACUGGGGAGGUAGUUUCAGUAUUUUCAUUAUAAAGUGAAACUCCAAGAAGCCUCAAGGCACUUUGCUUUUUACACACACACACACACACACACACACACACCCCUAAAGCAAAUUUAGAAGAAAUUGAAAUCAUUCUUUGAAGUAUGUAUAUUUUGCCUGGUUUUUUAAAAAAAUAGUUUGUAUAUAAUUAAAACAUUAUCAACGUUACCAUUUAGUUGGAGUGCUUGACUUCCCUAUUUGUUUUGUCUCACCGGUGAGAACAUUUAUUCUCUGAAUUGAAUUAGUUUCACAGCUUAUUUAGAACUAACUAACCCAUUUGAAAAGACACACAUACUUCUGCAAGUCACAGAAAUUCUCAGUCCAGUGUGUAGUCUCUACGUUCAGAAAGAAGCGCCCAAUCAGCACAUUUGAUUCCUGAUCCCCGUUCUGUCACCAUGACAAGUAGUUUUGAGUUUGAGAUCUUAAGAGAGACCUAAAAGCAAAUCUGGGACCAAUGAAAUGAGGACUGCAAAGUUUGAACAAAGAACUAAUGAGUAGAAAUUUUUAGAUAAAAGGGUGAUUUGCAUUGUCUGUUUUGAAAGAGGCAUGGGAAUCCUUUUAUAUAAGGGGUGUGUGUGCUUGCGUAGAAAGAGGAGUCCAAACUGCUCGUUUCUUGACACAACUUCACAUUUGUGUGAAUUCAACUUAAUGUGGAAUGAAUUCUUCAGGGGAAUAAUAAAACAGAAAACGUAGCCAGGCUGAUUACCAUGUACUGAAAUCAUUGAAUUUGGCUUUUUUAUUAUUAUUUUAUUUUAUUUUGGGACAAAACUAAUUUGCUUGACUUCAUACUGAAAGGCACAUAUUUGAGACACCUUAUUUGAAGUAUUCUUAACUAUAAAAUUACCUUUUUUAAAAGAAAGUUCAGGAUGUAAAGUUUUUUUUUUUCCAUAUACAUAUUCUCUUAGCUGCUAUGCAUAAUUUUUCCAAACAUAUUGUUUGUCGUCGUUGUCAUCUUGGUACCUGUAUGACUCCACCACUCCUGGUGGCCUUUUUUUCUCCCCCCUUUUGACAGAGACAGUGGGAGAGACAUACAGCAUUUACUGUUCACCACUCCUUAUUCCCUCAGGGUUGGGACCAGGGAUAUGAACUCUGUACUUGUGUGCUCUCUAGGCCGGGUGUGCCUGACCCGACCCCCGCCUACUAGGCAUCAGACUUCAGUAGGUAUUGAUAACCCAAGCAGAUUUAAGUCUUGAGUAUUGCCCCAAAAUAACAAUAACUUCCCCCCCUCCCAAAUUCAGACUCAUUUUUAAAAUAGUAUUUCAAGUAAGUGAACUGAAAUAUUUUGUUAUAGAGAACUUUUAAAAGCAGAUGAUACAGUAACUCCUAGUGAGUCUUAAUGGCCUGAUAAGCAUUGAAAACAGACCACCUGCAACUAAAUUUUAAUCUGGCAAGUUAGCUUGCUGUGCCAUGAAUCGUGCCUGACAGAUGUGCCUUAUUCUACUGAAGACCUUUGGUAACUGUGUUGUUACGGGGUUGGAAGUUUGUAAAAUGGAAUUUGAAAGACAACUGAAUAACUUGGUUGUAAAGUGAGUCUUGGCAUUCUGUUAAGGUAUAUUUCCUUUAUAUUUAAAUACUUUUUAUAAGAACUGCCCUCAACCAAAGCACUUAAAAGAAUUCCUUGAGAUAUUUUAAAAUCAGUACCUCAGAAUUUACCAUCAUUUGAUCUAUAAAACAAAUCUGGUCAUUGUCCAAUUUCUGGUGACCCAGUUAGUGAUACUUGUCACAUGCCAGGUUUUGUAUAUUGCUUUUUGAAAGUAUUGAAAUGAGUCAUUUGGAUGUAAAGAUCUUAUAGUAAGCUAACAAGAUAGAAUAUCACUUUCCGUAUGAUUUAAACCAUUUCUUUUCCUUUUGUACCAAGCCUUUUACCAAAGAAAUUUUAAACAUGAAGUGACAAAUUGUAAGUACUUGCUCCUUUGAAGAAUCCUACUAGAAUAAAGUAUUUUUCCCUUUACUUAAGCUGAAGUCAGUGCUUAAAAUUUAUUUCACAUGGAAGGGGGGGGAAGCUAUUUGUAGCAAAGGGAGAAUCAUCUUUAGGUCACACUGAUGUGUAACUGGAUCAAAUAAAGCUUAACACAUUGAAAUGCUGAUGAAAAUUGGCACUGACUAGGCUGUUGAGUAUCGAAACUGACUGGCAUACUUCUUGAAAGUCACAACAGUGCCAUAGGUCAUAAGUAUCUUGAAUAUCUUUUUAAAAUUUAAUCUGCCCCCCCAAAAGCCCAUCUUAUGUAAACCUUACAGUCAGGAAGUUUAACCUUCAAGGUGAAGUUACUAGAACUGAAAAUUUUGAGGGCUAAAAAGUGGUAGUCCUUCCUACCUCGUGAGUCUUACAGAGCAAGGGUUGGUAAGCCAGAAACCUGUUUACACAUCCUGUCAACCAAGAGUUUUUUUUUACAUUUUCUAGUAGGUUGGAAAAAAAGUACUUUGUAACACAAAGUAGAUGAAACCAAGAGUAACCAACCACAACCAAGAUUGUUGGGGAACGGUUAUUCUUUAUUUGAAUAUUUUGUCUGGUUGCUGUAACACGUAUCUGCUACCUGGCCCUUGAGUGGAAGUUUUCAGAUGACUGUUUAUAAAGGGCAUGCAGUCAGUCGGAUGAUUUCGUUCUGGCAGAAUCGCAGCCUUGAUUUCUUUAAUUCUGAUUUCUGUUAGUUUGACUUUUACUAAACAGGCUGCGUCUGAUUCCACGCGAAUCGUGUAACUACCACUUGAAUGUAUAUACACUAGGACUUCCUGGGUACUCCUGUUCCCCCUAAACUCUCAGAGAUGUUUGCCUUGGUGAGAUAAUGAACCGCACCUGGCAUUGACUGGGUCGAUCACAACCUGUGAACUAAGCUGGGUAUUUGAGGAGUUUAUUCUCUGUGCUGGCGGAUCAGUUGCUUUCUGUCUAUUGUAACACUACCUCCUGUGGAUAGACUUGACUAAUUUGCACUUAGAGACUUAAGAACCAAAACAGGCCUUUCUAAGCUCAAUAUAUUUUUGUUUCCAUCACUUAAACUUUAAACAAGCUUAGUUUUACAUCAGAAAGUGUUUAUAUUUGAUACAUUCAAUGAUAGAAGUUGAAACAACACAGAAGUAGUAGUUGGUUCUGAAUUAACUGCACCAAUAGAUAGGAAGUAGGGUGUAGUCUGAUUGUGUAACACUAUAAACUGUUUGACACAGGUAGACUUGUACUAACAAUGUAUUUUGGGGAAUACUAGAUUAGGACCGAGGGACUGAGGAUCUCUCUCUGGUUCCUAGCACAUGACCUACUGAGAGUCUUGUUACAAAUUGUCGAUCGAGGCUGCCUAUUUUUAAAGAAAUGCACUUUAAUCUGAAAUAAAACUAUCAAAAUGAAACAA